UGAUGAAGUGCAGUGCGGAUCUGAAUAGGCUUGUAGUCUUUUCAUUGACUUUGGCAGUAGUCCUCGCUCAAGAAGGCUGCGAGAUAACUCCGUUCGGAUCCCAACCUACUCCGCUCAUCCUCCGAAAUGACCAAUUCUUGUACCCAGCGAACGCUGAGGAUUCCACAAUAAAAUUCGCGUCAGGUGAAACUGUCACCUUUGCCUGCCCGGGUGGUAGACUCGUAACGUCGGGCACUCAAACCACCAAUGUUGUGGCCACCGCGACUUGUGUAUCCGGAGUAAGGUUUACGAUUAACGGAGCGAGAUGGUUGUGGCAUCAGCUCACCUGCAACACGAACCCAGUCUCCACCUCCCGAUUUACCGGAGCCAGCUGCGAGGCGGGGGGCAGGGUCGCUGAGAUCGGAUUCGAUUUAUCCGGCGGAAGGUUUGUGAGAACUAUUACGGUGUGCUUCAAUACGACAUCACAAGCCGCUCUGUAUACGUAUUACGACUUACACCCUGCGAUCAACAACCAAAUUAAAGGAGUGCCGCGUCCAGAUUGGAGGCAAACUAGCGGUACCUUCACGAUACCCAACGUGAACACCUACUACGUACGAGGCACUCAAAGAGCUACGAUUAAUUCACUGCUUGGACUGUCCGCCACGUCAACCAAAUACAUACAAGACAAUAACUUCUUCUUGUCAAGGGGUCACCUGGUGGCAAGAAGUGACUUUUUCUACGCCGCCCAGCAGAACUCGACGUUCGAUUUUUUGAACGCGUUGCCGCAAUGGCAGUCGUUUAACGGUUUCAACUGGGAUCAAGCAGAAUCGGACGUUCAAGAUUACGCGGCUAAUAACAACGUUCGCCUCCAAGUGUGGACUGGAGGAUUCGGAGUAACCGCCUUACCACACGAAACCAACGGAAGACAAAUUCCGCUAUACCUGUACACCGUUAACAACAAUAGGGCGCUCCCAGUGCCGGACUUAUUCUGGAAAGUGGUUUACAAUCCGGUGAGCCGAAGGGGCGUAGCAUUAAUCGGAGUAAAUAAUCCGUACAUUUCGAGGGCAAACGUCAACGAGUUCUGCGAUGACAGAUCGGACUUGUUGACCUGGCUGAAUUGGAAAAAAAAUGAUCAGUCCAGGGGAUUUUCAUUCGCGUGCACUGUGACAGCUUUCAGGAGAAUCGUAACGUUCCUGCCCAACAUCGAUAUCAAUGGGCUUUUCUAUGUGCUGCGGUGUGAGUUGUUGGCGACGUUGCCGGAGCGUUUGGAAGGUUUCAUUAGUAAAAUGAAUAGACUGUGUCAGUACAAAACUGUUAUUGCUGGUAUUGUAGUCGUCAGUUUACUCGUAGUUGUUACUUUAGUGAUUUUCUUUUUGGUAAAGAAAAAUGAAAUCAAAGGUGAUUGUGAGAUUUAUCCAUUCGAAGUCGAUCCAUCCCCGCUUGUGGUUUUUUCCGGCACCAGUGACUUUUUAUACCCCGCACCGUUUGAAAAAACGCUGAAAUUCACGUCCGGACAAGCUUUGGACUUCCUCUGCCCGGGAAGAAAUCUGCUAUUGGGAUCGACGAAAACUAGUGACGCGUAUCUGCCCGGAACUUGCGUAAGAGACGAUACAUUUUUGAUAAAUGGACAGGAGAUACUUUGGAAAGAAAUAUCGUGUAACAACUAUCCGUGGAAGACUGCGAGACGUUCUGGUCUGACGUGUGAAAAUGGUGGCGCGGACAUAGAAAUCGGCUUCGAGGUGGGAGAUGGCCGUUUCUUAAAGUCCCUAAGUGUCUGUUUCAACGAAACCAGCCAGAUAGCCUUAUAUUCUUUUCACAAUAUGACCUCCGCUAUUAACCAAAGGGUUCUCAAUACACCCAGACCUUCGUGGUUGCAAGGUUCAGGGUUCUAUAGUGUCGGUACCGUGACCAAUUAUUAUGUGAGGAACAGUCAAAGGAGCACCAUCAACACUUUACUAGGACUAGAUCUCAAUUCCACCAAAUAUAUCCAGGACGACACCAACUACUACUUGUCGCGAGGCCAUAUGAGCGCUCGAAGUGAUCACUACUAUGCCGCUCAGCAAAACGCUACGUUUUACAUGAUGAACAUAGCCCCGCAAUGGCAAACUUUCAACGGUCUCAACUGGAACCAAGUCGAGAUAGACAUCAGAGAUUACGCUGAAGAAAACGGAGUUAAUUUGCAAGUGUGGACCGGAGUCUAUGGAGUAACCACGUUGCCUCACGAAAAGACUGGACUUCCGGUAGAGUUGUACUUAUACGUGGAUGGGAAUAACAACAAAGCGCUACCAGUGCCAUCAGUGUACUGGAAGGUGGCGUACAAUCCAAUUACCGAGAGGGGACUCGUGAUGAUCGGAGUGAAUAAUCCGUAUCUCGCGAAUUAUACGACAAUUUGUGACGACGUCUCUGACAGAAUCACGUGGCUCCAUUGGAAAAAGGACGAUCAGUCGAGAGGUUUUUCGUAUGCCUGCGCUGUUGAUGUUUUUCGACGUGUAGUUACGUCUCUGCCUAAUAUACCAAUUAGAGGUUUAUUACUAUAGAGGCGUAAAAACCUAGUUUAAAAAUAAAUUAUGAACUUAAAAUAAAAUUAUGUGGAAAACUAUUUUUUUUACUACGUUUUCAUUCUGUCUCACUGAACUAAACACUUUCUCUUGAGUCGACGUGUCUGGCUUUGUUCUUGUAAGCAUGCUCCUUAAUAUCAUCCCGGCUGAAUACAUUCUUAACUUAACUUAACUUAAAAUGAGAGAACCUACGUCACAUCGUUG